GAUCGUCGUCCUCUGCACCGCGCCGCUUGGCCCCGACUAGAAGAAAGCCGCCACCGAGUCGUUGUUUUGCUAGCGGUGGAAUCCCAACGCAAAGCCCUGUUGUUAAUUUUUCUUCUUCUUGCCUCGCCAAGAUAUGCCACAAGAGCUUCCGGGGUACUACUUCGAUGCGGAGAAGAACCGGUACUUCCCUAUCAAGGGCCCCAUUCCCGGCUCCAAAUCAAAACCCCCCAGCUCCAGCUCCAGUUCCAGCUCGACUCCCGCUCGGCGUAGACCCGUCUCAGGCCGAACGUCCACUCUUCUUGAGAUGAGGGAAUUGAAUGGCAAUCCUUCAUGGUUGAAGCAUGCCAAGUGUAAUUUCCAGGACGAGUUCCUCAAGAUUCAGGUUUCCCAUCCUCAGGUGUGGGCAUUUCACGGGACAGAUAAGAUGGCUGAUGGUGCUUUGGAACAGAUGCGUCUCCAUAUAAUGACACCAGAGGGUGAAACUGCAACAGUUGGCCUGCUGGCUGGGGGCAUGAAUGGCUCUUUGAGUUUUUGUGAAGUUGGAAAAGUUGGCCGACAUUUUGAUUAUGGGGUCGAUUGCAUGCCAGAACAUGUGUGGCCUCUUAAAAGAGAACAUGAAGAUUGCAAAGUCCCUGUUCAUCUUUGGAGACCUACAACAGCACAAUUUCCUUCAGGCGUCUCCUGCAUUAAAAUGCCAAGAAAGCGAUCCACUACAGUUGAUGGCAAUCAUUUUCAACAAGCACUGAUAAGUACUUUAGGUUCAGAUAGAUCCGGUGGUUCUGUUCAUAUCCUUAAUCUAGCUGAACCUUUUGAUUUUCCUCUACGUGCUUCAACCGUAGGGCGGAGGGUGUGUCAUAUUGCUUCUUUCCAUUGUACCAUAUGGACAGCAGAUUGCUCUUCUAACGGCAGUCGAGCAAUUGUUGGCACGAAUUUGGGAGCUGCAGUGGUCAAUUUGGAAAAUGGGGUGGAAUCCUGGGUGUGUCGUGGUAAAAGUGAUGUUCUGGCAUUGCAAUUUGACCAGUCGGGAAAUAUCGCAUUGUGUGGAUUCAGAAAUGGGGCUAUUGUUACAGUCGAUGUCCGAGAAAACCAAGUGGUGUCUUCUUCUAGACUGAUCAGUCAUCAGAUACCUUCCUCUCCUUCAGAAAAAUUUCAUGGGCAUUCUCAAAAGCAAUGGUUUAAGCUCUCUGGAAAAAUAUGUCCAACCAAUACAACUUAUAUGCCGAAGUCUAUUUGCAGUUUGGUGUCACUCCAGUUGUAUGACCAGUACUUCUUAGCGAGUUCUAUGGAUGGCUCGAUCAAUCUGUAUGAUCAUCGUCAAAUAAAAAAAGGACCUGUGCAGUCCUAUGAAGGGCAAGUGAAUUCCCAUACCCGUACACAGCUUGGGACGGACCCAUCAGAGAAAUUUCUGUUGUCAGGUGGAGAGGACUGCUUAACGCGGCUCUGGAAUAUCAAGUCUGGGAAACUUCUGUUUGAGGAGAGAUUUUCAACUUCGGUCCCCUUAGUUUCUUGCUGCCAGUCGACUGAAAGACAAAACCAUAUGGGAUACUCACAUGGGCAGCAUGAGAGCUGGGGGUCAUGGUUUGGGUCACAGGAUGGAUUAUACUAUGUGCAAUGGUACUGAUUCAUGAUUCUGAUAUCUGACUCUCAACUAAUGAUCCAUGCAUCUGGAAAAUGAAUGCUGAAGUUGGAUGCUUAAGCCUUGCUGGCGCCUCCGAACGUCAUUCCAAUUUGACCUGUUAUACUCCUGAGUUGUGAUAAGCACUUUUUGGUGGGUGUCUUGAGGAAUAACUCAUCUUUCUGGAGGAUAUGAAUUGAGGUUCAUCCACGAGACCUUUUUUUCGGCCUAAAAGCAGUGCUGACUUUGUAUAGCUAUAACUUUGCUUUUUAGUUCAACGAUAGCAAGCAAAAUCUUAAACCGGUUUCUUAGGUCACGUGGUGUUUUGUUUUUAUUUUUUUAUUUUCCCUUUUGUUGUUCUGCAAACAGACAUGAUUUUAUAAGUUGGGAUCUGUGCUUUCUAAAUUGUUUAAGCCUUUGUUUGGAUGUAGCUGUUUUUGUAGUACUAUCUUUGCCUUCAUUUCAACUGGCUUCUCACUA